UCGCUUGAGUAACGUGAACGCACGAGACAAGAAGGAGGCCAUUGGUGAAACAGUGUAUUGUGUCAUUUUGCAUUAUUUGUCUUCUUGGUAAUUGUAGGACAUUUUCACUUAUUUGAAUUGUGUAAAACAUUGUUAUAACUUCUAUAGAUAACCAAGAAGUGUGAUAAGUUACUUUUGAAAUUAUUCAAGUACAACCAUGUCGUGAAAUUGGAAACGUAACUUGUCUUGUCGGGCGCGUCCAUCCUGAUUUUGUUCUGUGGUGAAAAGGACUGAAAAACAUUUACAAAGCAGAUUGUAUUUUGUACUUAACGUAUUAAGUUGCUUAUGUCAUGAUUGAGUACAUCAUGUGUGUGUGUUUGAUGCUAAUUUUUGAGACAAAAUCCUAAAGCAGAGCAAGAGCUUGUAAACAGGACACAGACAAAAUGGCGCACAUGUGUUGAACAAUGAACUCAUGGUCGUGAAAUUGGACGAGUUUGGUUUCUUCAAGUUUGUUUGAAUUAGUGAGGUUGUGCAAAGAUGUCAACUGUGCACUACAAGUUCAAGAGCAGUCUUGAGUACCAGUCUGUAACCUUUGAUGGCAUCCAUAUAUCACUUGGUGACCUGAAAAGGGGGAUCAGUCAUCAGAAGAGAUUGAAACCUGGAGAGUACAACUUGGUGAUCACCAAUGCCCAGACGAGAGAAGUUUACAAGAAUGAUGAUGAACUCAUACCAAAGAACUCAUCAGUGAUAGUGUCCAGGAUUCCUGUUGCUGCAACUACAACCACUAACAGUACCAGUAAAGCAUGGGAGCAGUUCAAGCAGGAUUGUGCCAAAGCAAUCCAGAAGGAGAAGGCGAAAGAGAUGAUGUCAUUAGAUCAGCUCAGAAAUACAGCAGAUCUUGUCAAUGCUCGAGCCACGGAAAUGGACAAAAUAAAAGCAGCUAUAAAUCAGUCUACCAGAGAUUUUGAUCCAUCCAACUAUGCCAAGUCGAAGCUGCCGACUGGCACCCCACCCAACACUUACACCUGUUACAAGUGUGGCAAACCAGGCCACUUCAUCCAUGCAUGUCCUCUCAAAGAUUCUGAAACACCUGGCGUGAUAGAACCCCGGUUUAAGAGAAGUACAGGCAUUCCCAACAGCUUCCUGACCCUGACGGACGACCCCACACAGCCAGGAGCGCUGCUAACCCACACAGGCCACUUUGCUGUCCCUACACUUGAUGCAACGGCGUACAAGAUUGGGAAGAAGGAGCGACCCCCGUUCCUGCCUGAGCCGAAGAAGGAGAUUGUGGAGCCCCAGCAGCCUCGGAUACCCCCAGCCCUGCAGUGUCCACUCUGUAAGGAGCUGCUGAGAGAUGCUGUAGUCACCCCAUGCUGCGGAAACAGUUUCUGUGACGAAUGUAUAAGAAAUGGACUGCUUGAGACAGAUGAUCAUGAAUGCCCUGUGUGCCACGAAACGGAUGUGUCGCCAAGUCAACUCAUUCCAAACAAAUUCCAUCGUGAUGCCGUCAGCAGGUUUGUCAAUGACAGCAGCCACAACCAAGUGAAGCCCGAAAGGCAUCCCCCUUCACAUCAUGUCCAGGCUCCGAGACAUCCACCGAUUGGUCCACCUCAUAUAAUGACAGGGCCACCACCGAUUGGACCACCUCGCAUAAAAACUGGACCUCCUCGACCAAUAGGACCGCCGCACAUACAGACUGGGCCUCCACCACCAAUAGGUCCACCACACAUACAGACUGGGCCUCCACCAAUACGCAACAUUCAUACCCCACUAAUGCCUGUAUCCAGGACUGCAACCCCUGCAUCGAAUGUUGCCCCAGUACCACAAGUGCCACCACCCCAGACCACAGUGCCUCCACCAACACAACCGCCGCCUGCCAUGGUGCCAGUGGAGCCACGCCCACCACCACAGGUGUCAAUUGUCAAGUCAGAGCCACCUGACAGCACUGCAAGUGGGAGUCUGUCACCUGGUGAGCAUCCAUCUACUCCUACCAGAGAUGAGAAUUCCCAGUCUGCUGCUUCUGAUGAAGAGCCCCGGGGUAUGGCUGUGCAGGUGGUUGGAACCAGAAUUGGCAACUCCAUACAACUUACAGGACCAGAUACCAGCAAUGAAUUUGAUCAUGGUCCCAAUCACAGGAGAGGCAGGCACUUUGAUGGAAGAGACGACAGGGACAGGAAAUACAGCCGACAUCAUGACAGACCAGACCACUAUUCAAGAAAGGACAACUUCCAAAGAGGCAACUUUGAUCACCCCCCUCCCAGGGAUCCAACAGCUGGCCCUCCAGGUCCCCCUCCCCACAUCCCACAAGUGAAGAAUGAACCCACUCCCUACCCACCUUUCCCUGGCCCCCCUCCCUCUAUGGCUGUCCCUCCACCAGGAUUUGGGCUGCCACCAAGGAUUCCUCCAACAGGACCCCCACCAGCCCCCAUCCCAGUCCUGGGCCCCUCAUCGGGGGGGUUCCCCCCUAGUGUUUACCCCUCGGGUAUGCCCCCAAGCUUCCCCCCUCCAUUCAAGCCCCUGUCUGAGGCGGAGUUCUACAAGGAGAAGGCCAGACUACUGCAGCAGAGUCUGCCUGUGCCUGCCCCCAGACCUCGCCGUGACAUGAUGGAUGACUUUACCCAGGAGCUGCUAGCUUACAGCAAAGAUCAGAGGAGAAGGAAAGUUAGCCGGUCAAAGUCCAGAACAAAAUCCAAAUCAAGGUCACGUUCCAGAUCUAGAAGUAUUCCAAGAAACGUCAGAAGAUCUCACUCAAGGUCCCGGUCAAAGUCUUGGGUUCGGUCCCGGACUAGAUCCAGGUCACGAUCGAGGUCCAGAAAUAGAAAAUUGUCCCGGUCAAGAUCAAGAUCGCCAAGACGAUCAAGAUCUAGACUUAGAUCAAGGACUAGGUCUCGGACCAGAAGUCCUCGGAGGUCUCGGUCUCGAUCUCGGUCUCCACGCUUGCGAUCUCGAUCAAGAUCGCCUCGACCAAGGACUAGAUCGAGAACCAGGAGUCCAAGAUAUACAAGAUCAAGGUCAAGGUCCCGUUCUCGCCCAAGGUACAGAUCAUAUUCAAGGUCCAGAUCUCGAUCAUACUCACGCUCUCCUAGGUAUUCAAGAUCUCGUUCAAGGAGUCCGUAUAGACGUCGCUCUCCAUAUUAUCGCAGAUCUCGAUCAACAUCACGUCCAAGAUCACCCGUGAGGACUUCACCAAGAAGACUGCCCCCGGGACGUGAUCGCUGGUCCCCGCCUCCAUUCCGCAACUACAGACAGCCUGAGGCUCCCCCUCCACCUCCAGGAGAGACUGGACCUCCGCCACUGAUGGGACUUCCUAUGAGGCGAUUCUCCCCACCACCAGACAGAUAUGGAUACAACCCUUAUCCUGAUCGAGGAAUGCCACCGGAUCCAUAUUUUAAUAACUUUGAACCACGACCAUACGAUGACCAAUAUAAUGAAUUCUUCAGGUUUGGGAUGGGUCCACCUCCAGGAGGUGUGCCAAAUUACGAGGGCGUCGGCUUCAUGGGUAACAUGACUCGUGACCCACGGGCCAAGUCUCCACGCAGGAGGGGUAGAAGUCCAGCCAGGGGGGGUAGGGGCAGACGCAACCCCAGAAACCCUGAUUUCAGGAGAGACAGGAAUCCAGACUUUGGAAAUCAAGAGUUUGAAAAUCAGGAUCAACUCGAUUUCAGGAAAGGUAGUCGUUCCCAUGAAUUUAAUAAACGAGAUGAAAAUUCUCAGGAGGGUAAGUCGACUGAUAAGCGUCGAGAUGCAAACCGAAAACUGAAAGACAAAGGAAAGAGGGAUGAGAAGAAGGACAAGAAGGAUGGAAGAGAUACUAAUAAAGAUAAUAAGGAGAAUGCAGAUGGUAAGGCGAAGAGAGAUAGUGUCAGGAGAGAGAAGGAGUCUGGUCAGAAACCAGCUGAUGAUAGAAUUAAGAAGAUGAAAAAAAAAUCUGGAAAAGAUGGAUCCGACAGUGAUUCGACAGUAGCUGGGCAAAAUAGUACCAAAAAAAGUAAUCUUAUUGAAAUCAAAAUUGAAGCCUCUAUUCCUGAGGAGCCUAAAAAAUCAAGCAGUAGAGAGAGUAGUAAGAGUCGGAAAGACGCAGUACCCAAGAAAUCGGAGAAGAACGUCAAGUCUGACAAUGAGAAAUCAGUGGGUAAGAAAGUAGAUAGUUCAAAGACCAAGGUGGUGAAAAAGGUAGAGAGACCAGGCUCAGUAAAAGAGAAAUCUGAACCUGAGAAACCAAGGAAAAUGAAAACAGAGAAGGCUGGAACUGACAAUGGAAAUCAGUCAGACAAUAUGCCAGGUAAAUUAAGGGUUAAAACCAAGAAAAAGAAAGUGCCAAAGCCAUCAUCGGGGCCCGAGUCAGAAGGAAAUGGCAAAUCUGAUGGAUCAACAGAAAAAACAAUGAAGAAGAAAAGAAUGACGCCAGACAUCCCGGAGGACAUACCAGAGGAGGACAUUGACAGUCCGGCUAAACGGGUGAAAUUGGAAGCAGAUGUGAAGGAUUCUUGGAGUGAUCAGCAGGUCUUGACCCAAGGGAAGUCAGGCCGGGAUGAGGAGACGGUGCCUGUUGUGGAGCUGUCCAAGUGGGAGCGGGAUGACUAUGAGGAGGACUCGGCUAGUCCAGCCAGGAAAGUCAAGCGAGGCAAUGAAAAGAAACCGCUACCAAAAUCAAUCAUCGAGAGUGCUGAGAAAGUUCUGUCCCAGAAACCGAUGCGACCAACUUCUGUUGCCUCGGCUGUGUCAGCACCAGUUGCUACGAAACCCCAUCGGCGUGUGUAUCUGGAGGAUGAACCAAAGGCAGCUGACGAUGAUGACCGUAGAGUCAUGAAUAAACAAAAAUCAAUAGAAAUCACAAUUUCUCAGGCAGAGAGGGGUGAGAAGGGAGAUGGGAGAACCAAGUCUGACCGAAGGGAUCGGGAGGAACGCAGGGUGGAUAGGAAGUCUAGUGUUAGCAAACUGCGAGCAGAUGAUGAGAGGAAGGGUUCUAGAAAUAGUUCAACUGGCAGUAUUAAGGACAGGCUUGGGAAGCGGGAAGGUACUCAUUAUGAUAAGGGAAGUGGGGAUAGAGAUCGUCGUCAGUUGGAGAGGACCGAGAGUAGAGAGGAAGAUGUGGGGAGGGGAGGGAAGGGAACCAGGGAGGUGAUACGCAGAGACAGUCGGGACUCCAGGGGGCAUGGUGCUAGUCAGGAGAGGUCGGAGUAUAGGACAAAAGAUGGUGGACAAGAUUCUCAGAAAGAUGGAAAAUCUGAGAAGGGCGGCAAACUUGUUGAUCGUAAAGAAUCUAUGAUUGACGAAGCAACAUUUGAACCAGAUUACGACGAAGCCGACACUGAUUCUGAUAAUGCAUCCUCAGCAGAUGAUCAGAGGAAGAAUGCAGAUGACAGUGGGAAUGACUCCUCCGAUGACGAGGACGAUGACAGCAGCCCAACAAAGAAGAAGAAUAAGGAUGGAGAAGAUAAAAAGCAUAAGAAAAGCAAACAUAAGAAACACAAGCACAAACAUAAGCAUAAGCAUAAGAAAAGGAAACACAAGAAACAUAAGGAAGGGAAAGAGAAGGAAAAAUAAACAUUACAAUAUCUAGGUGAUCUGAAAAUCUUGAAUUGUUGACAUAAUAUGAAGUUGAUAGUGGGUGUCACCGUAGUAUUGACCAAAAAAAAGUUCUUUAAAAACGUGGGUGAAGUUGUGAUAAAUAGUGAGGAGUUUUAUUGGAUGAUGGGAUGAAUUGAGUACAACUUUCUGUUUGAUAUGUGCAAUUCAUUGAAGCGUUAGUAAAAUAUUUGUUUACAAAUGGGGCAUUUUCAGGUAGAUUAUUAUUUUUUUUGUUCAAAUCUGGUGUAUGCAUUGAUUUUAUAAACUGCAUCAAUUUAAAGUAUUUCAAUCACAUGUGAAAGUUUUGAAGUGUGAAAUUUCAAAUACUGAAUUUUUGUACACUUAAGUGCUUUGUUUCAUUCUUGAAAUUUGAAACCAAUCAAUGAUUCUGCAGAAAUUUAAAAAAAAUGGAUUGGUGUGUUAAAAGUAUGUGAAGGCUUCACAUGUAGAAUCACAUAUUUUACUAUAACAUACACAGUUAAUUAGUUUCAUUAUUCACAUACUUAUCCAGGGAUAUACAUUCUUCUAAACACUACUAAGAUGAAUGAUUCUAUUUGGGCAAAAGAAACCAAAUGAAUUUGUUUACAUAUCUGUGAAGAAGUUAAAUGUUUUGGGUUUUGUCUUCUAUUUUGCAUUCAAUGAUUGGCAUACUGUGACAUUGUUACCUGUGUCCUAUUAAGGCUAGGUUUAUUUGGCCAGUUCUUAUUUAGAAGACUGAAAUGUUUUGUCAACAAAAAAAGUCAAUUUAUUUCAUUUAAUAUGACAGGUUCACACCUAAUUCUAAUGAGCAGUUCAUGGUCAGAGAAUGAUUUGAAAUGCUUCUUUCUAGUAUUAAUUUUGGUGCAUUUUCUCAUUGAAGCAUAUAUUUAUUUGUAUUGAGAAGUUUGUUUGCUUAUGUUUUGUACAGAGAGUAUUACUUUCAAAUAGAACAUGUAUAUUUUGUAAAUAUUUGAGAGGCAAAUCGUGUUCAGAAAGAUGUGUAAAUAUCUGAGUGUGAGAUAUGCUUGGAUUGUAUGGAACUCCAGAGAGGAUAAUAAAAGAGAUGAUCUUUUAA